UCCUACUCCAGUUACGGUCACUCUGCCCUGCCGAUUGCAAAUUUGAGUUGUUGCCUGCACUUUUUAUUUUUUUUUAUUUCCAACGCAUGCUGUGAUUGCGGUUCGGCCGGUGACCUUUGUGGAAAGUUCCCGGAGUAUCUGGGGGAUUCACCCAUAAACCGCUAGUAAUGGAUGAGCAAAAAGCACAAACAGAUCCGCUUAACGGCGCGGCCGACGCCGGUCACAAAAUGGCGUCGGCGAAUCCCGAUGCUGCAACCUCGGCAACGCACGAGCUGAAAAUCAUGGACGUGGAGGGAGCGGUGGUGACGGAACCUCCUGUGGAACCAAUGGUUAUCCUGGUGGACGACGACGAGCAGGGCGAUGAGAUGGUGCAGGAGGAGCACGAGGAUGCGGACCUCUUAGAUAUCAACAUGGACGAGGGCAGUACUCCCCUGGUGGCUGAGCUGCAGUCGGCGCUGAGCAAUCUUGACGAAAAGCCUUCCGGAGAGGAUCCGCUGCUGGGCGACCCUGACCGGGAUAUGGAUACCCUUUCUGCCAAGACGGAACCAAGCAGCGAUGCAGAGAGCAACCCCUCAUACCACGAUCCAAUGGGCCUGCUGGAGCGCCUCGAAACGCAGGAGGCCGAUAGCCAAGAUGAGGACGAAGACUAUAGCAUCGACGAUUGCAGCAGCAGCGCAAAUGGCGGUAUCACCCGCAGAAAGAUGCCGCGCGCCAAGCGCUGGCUGAUUUGGAUGAAGCGCUGGCCCUGGAUGCUGCAUGAGGACUCGGACGGCACCUACGCCUUCUGCCUGUACUGCAACAUGAGCAUUAACGUGAAUAACCGCGCCAAGCACAUUCAGCAGCACAACAUGUCGCUGUAUCAUCAGGAGCGCGAGAACAACUACUUGGCCUUCAAAAAGAGUGAGGAGCAGACUAGGGGAGCGACCAGUGACAACGAGGUAAAGCACGAAUUCGGCACCAAGAGCUACGUGGCCGCCAUGAAAAAGAAGCGGAUUAGCGAGAUCGAAGCCUUUAACAACUUCAACUGGCUGCGGUGGCUCCGCUGGCAUCCUUGGCUGGAGCGUUCCCAGGCGCAGGGUACCAUCGGCUUGUGCCGCGUCUGCAACAUCAAAAUGAAUGUUGAGUUUGUCUAUCUGCGCAAGCGCCACGAGACUACAAAGGGUCAUCAGGAAGCGCUACGCCAGCAGGAUUCGGAUAAGCCAAGCCGCAAGCGAAAGCGUAGCAAGAGCACCAGCGGUCCCUCCUUGGUUGAUGAGGAGGCGGACCAAGAGACGGAGCCACAGCAGGAAGAAGAGCCAGAAGCAGAGGACACCACCGUGGUGACUAUCAACGGUCACUUGAGUAACAAUGAGGACCCUGGCCAGUGGUUCGAGCUAAUUCCGGACACCAGUCCACAGCAGUGCCGCUGCACGCUGUGCAAUUGCCCAAUGGCAAUCACUAGCUUCAUGCGACACUGCAAGACCCAUGCGCACUGCCAGAAGCUAACGGACCCGGCUCGGAGACGAUCUACAACAGAACGGGGCAUUUGGGCCGUGUAUGCUGACCUGCAUCCCUGGAUGAUUGCCGACCCAGAAGAGCCAAACCUGGCCUAUUGCAAGGUCUGCCAGAAGCGGUUUAUGUACGGAAAUUCGGAGAUCAAGCGAAAGAACCACGAGAAAUCCGAGAAGCACACGUUGGCUCUUGCUGCCGCCAAGGUAGCCGGCGAAGCUGGCAUUGCUGAUGGAGAACGGAAGGAGGACGGCAGCGAUGAGGAGGAGGAGGAGGAGCAGGCGGAGGCGGAGGCCAGUGAGCCCUCGCAGUCUGAGGCCCGAUCGGGAAGCGAGGGUAGCGAAGAAGACGACGAUAAUUGGUCCGACAAGCAGAAGGGCAACAAGGGCCUAGCAGCGAAAUCUGUUGCGGAGCCAAGGAGAGCCAAGGUUCGUGCCGGGAAGCGUUUCUAUCCGUGGCUAUGUUUUACCAAGGACCGGAAAACCCAGUUAUGCAAGUAUUGCCGAGUGCGUUUCCAUAGCGAAUCGGCGAAGGCGCGGCACGAUUUCAGCGCCCGGCAUCAAAAGCUUAUGAAUCAGUUUAAGGCGCGCCAGGCGAAGUUGCCGCAAAACAAAGCCGCUGAAGAGGAGGACGAAGUGGACGAGGACGGACAGAGCAACUCGGACUCGGGCACGGUGGAUAACAAAAAGCGAGACACCCGGCCCAUUGAUAAACUAUUUGUAAAGCCCAUUCCCGCCACCAUGAAGGGCAAGGUGAUGGUGUGGAAAUCCCGGUUUCCCUGGCUGACCUACAAAAAAAACGAGAUGCGCGUCAACUACGCUUGGUGCAAGCUCUGCGAUGUGUCCAUCUUCCUGCCCAGCUCCAAGUGGGCCGCGAAGCACCAGCGCACCUCGCGGCACAUUCGCCUGCGCAACGAACGGAAGCGCAAUGGCGGUCAGCCCCCGCGGUCGACAGAGAGCAUCUCCGCCGCCGUGGCCACUGCCGCCGCUUUGGCCAGUGGCGAGGCCAGGCAGAAGGCUGCUAUGGCCGAGCUGCAGUCCAAAUAUGACUGGCUGGAGCCGGAUGCCAAUGAUGAGAACCACUGCCAUUGCCGCGUUUGCGAUACGCGGCUGCCGAUCAAGGUGUUCUUCCUGCGCCAGCACGAUGCCUCGCGCAAGCAUGCCGAUGGACUGGAACGACAGAGGAGUAACAACGCCAAGGAUGCUGCGCCAUCGGUCAGCACCCAUUCAGAAGCCACCGCGGAUGCGGAAGUACAGGAAUCGGGGCUGGAGGUGGACAAGGAUAGCGACGCCGACAUGAGCGUGAGAUCUGACGGCAGCACGGCAGAGCCGCCGGCAAAGCGAUCCCGCCGCUCAAUGGAAGUUCGCCGCAUCCUUCGCGCCCUGCGCGAUUCCAUGGGCAAGCGGCUCGAGGAGCGCAGUCAGCUAGACAUGGCCAAGGACAUGAUCUGCUCCUCAUUUGAUAUUGUCACCCGGCUGCGAACGAUGGAGCGAGAGGGGGCCAUGGGACAUGGGAACUGCACGGCGCAGGCGCCGGAACCGGCAAGAGCGACCCUCCCGAAUACCCAGCCAUCGGAGCCCCGGCACGUAAUGGAUCUCUUCUUCGACAGCAUUGCGCCGACCAUGAAAUCUCUGCCAGCGGACUUGGCUGCUGAGGGCAAAGCCAAGAUUAUGCAGCUGGUUUGUGGCUUAGAGGUUCGAGCCAUGCACAGGAAUUCGGCAAAGGCAGCUUCUCCUGUUUCUAGCCCCCCUUCAUCUACUCCUGCUACUGCUGCUGCUGAAUCUGCAUCUGCAGCGGCUUCAGUUCAAGCCACCGCUGCUGAUAUCGAUUUCCAUUCCAAUGUCAUUACAAUUAACGACGACGACCAGGUCAUGCAGAACAACAACAAUGACGUGGACUCAACUCCGAAUAAGUCUGCCAGCGGAGCACCCACCGCAUCCCUGACCAUCAACGGCAGUCCCAAGGACCUGCCAGUGAAUAUUCGUCGUAUAUUAAGCUCUUCGCAACUGCAGGUAACAAACCGCAACGAUCCGGACUCCGUGCGAUGUGUGCCGCUGGACAAGUUAACCACUCAGAGUCCGAUUAGCGUGAAUGGAAAUGGACGACAUUCCCAGGGUGGCUCCCUGGAGGCACCGCCCACGCCUGGAUCCGAAGUUAAAAAUGGCAAUACCCUGGCCAUGCUCCGGCAAAUACGGGUGAACAACAACAAUAGCUCUAAGAUGAUCACUAUUUCCAAGGCACCCAUGCAGUCGCCGCAGCAGCAGAAUUCUGGAAGCAUGUCCUCGCCAAUGGUGCGUGGUGCUCCCAAUAGCAUAGCUUCCUUUCGGCCCAUGCUGAAUCACAACCGUAGACCAUAGGCCUCCUAAGAAAAUAAUCGCUAUUCCAUAGCCUUAGAUUUAGUCAUUGUCAUUAUUUAAUUCGCUUUGAAUCGGACACUAUUUUAUGCAUACGUUAAAGAUGAAUGCUUGCGAGUACGAAACCUAUUUAAUAUUUAUAUAUUUACAUAUAUUAUGCGUCACUCGACGACAAAAAAAAGAAUAACAAAUUGGAACUCUUUUUUUUUUUUAUUUCCCAAAAUCAAUCUGAAACUGUGCCCAGUAAAUCGCCCCUAUAGUUUUCUUAUAAGCACAUCAAAAACAUGAUAAACUUGUGUUUUGCCAAGUUGUAAUUAUUAUUAAAACUGUACGUCUAUAUGAUA